AUGGAGCCAUCUCUUGGCUACGUGACAGCGCGAAAACUUUUAAAGGAACGUUUUGGAGAACCGUAUGUAAUAGCCAAUGCCCACAUUGAACAAAUAACUAAAGGUCCACCGUUAAAGGCAUCAGAUCGCGAAGGUCUGUUAAAUCUGGCCGACAAAUUGAAGGACUGUGAACUCACGCUCCAGUCGAUAGGUUACCUUGAGGAUCUGAACACUACAGACAACUUGAAGCAAAUCACCGAACGCUUCCCAACCCAUCUGAAAGCCAGAUGGCUCGACAUAGCGCGAGUAAUAAGAAAUGGCGGAGGAAAGCCCAACAUCGGACAAAUGUCGCAAUUCAUUACUGAGAAGGCUAUGGCGGCAAAUGAUCCCGUCUUCGGCGACAUCAUGGACAAUAAGGAUUCUACUAAGAACGAAAAGCCACGUCAGAAGUUCAGACCAGAAUGUCUCGAGAGGAUCCUGGCCUCUCGCCCGCGUUUUGGAGAUUUACAAGGCUAA